AGUAAAUUGAAGGAGUUUUUCCGGACGCGAGGAUCAGAUGCAAACACGAAUUGAAGAAGUAGUAGGAGGGAUAGAGGAGGUAAUCCAGAUGAUCAAGCCAGUAGUGACCCCGGGACCGAGCCGAGCGAUCGUCGACUCGCCGGGUCCUCCGAUGAGCAAGCCGAUCUGUCGUUGGACUGAAGAGGACGACUUGACGCUGAUUGCCUUCUUGAAGGCUGAGCUGCAGAGGAAUCCGUCCCCCGCUAAUGGCUAUAAGGGCAGCACUUGGCCCGCCGCCGCUAGAGCACUGGCUGGCUCGGAGGAAAAAACGGGCUCUAAAGCUAAGGACGCUACCGGUUGUCGUAGUCGUUAUUCUUCACUCAAACGAAGUUACCUUGAACUCAAACAUCUCCGUAGCUUGGAUGGAGCCCGAUGGGAUGAGAAGAUGCAACGGGUGAUCUUGCCAGAAGAUAUAUGGACGAGUUUCUUAGCGAACUCGAGUGAGAAAGGGAAGAGCUUAUACCGAUGGCGACAGAAGCACUUUCCAUUAUACCACCAAGUCAGCGAUUUAAUAGAAGGAAAUGGGGUGGCCAUUAACGAGCCGAAGGAGACGGCUGACCGCGGAGCCGCACGCUGGGUCUCAAGGGGCUCUAGUCCGGAUCAACAAGACGAAAGCACGCCCAACGAGUCCUUUGAUCCAUUGCUCUGGCAGAGUGACAGACUCGAAGAGGAGGAUCAGGAAGACCAGCACCGCGACCAGCCCAUCCUUUCCGCACCACCCUCCGCCAAGCGUCGUCGGAUAACUCAGCAGGACUUGCUCCUCAAACAUCUUAAAGAUAUCGGCGAUAAUCUUAAGAUUAGACCUAGCGUAAGGGUCGAUGCUAUCAGGUUACUCCAGCUUGACGGUCAGCUCGAAGGACAAGAACUCCUUAAGGCAAUCGACUAUCUCAGCCCACUUGAACAUGCUGAAACUUAUAUCGCCCUCGAUGCCCGACUUCGGACCACUUGGAUUAGGUCUAAACUUGGAACUAUCUGA